GUGAACGACUACAUGGACUUCGAAUAUCUGGGCUAUAUCACGAUCGGCACCCCGGAGCAACAAUUUCGCGUUGUCCUCGAUACAGGCUCAGCAAAUUUGUGGGUACCUGAUUCAAGUUGUGUAAAUCCACCCAAAUGCUCCAGUUUAUGUUCUAUUCUAGGACCAUUAUGUGAUCUAACGUGUGAGUAUUUGUUGUACAGGACCGUGGAUGUGGACGUUUGCAAAGAGAAGGAUCGCUUCAAUUCGUCCGCCUCUAGCACCUACAAAGCAAACGGCACAAAAUGGCUUAUUCAGUAUGGCAAGGGAUCGUCGGCAGGCUUCUUCGGUGAAGACGUUGUUUGCGUGAGUGUUUUCCUUCUCGAUCGUUUUGAUGUUUUGAUGUUCGAUCAGUUCACAGAUCAUUUUGAUCAGCCUGUUGAAGGAGAAAUUUCGCACCCGCAUCAGUUGAAGUCAUUGAAUUUAUCUCAAAGCAUUUCACACCUAACCUGA